CCUAUUCACCUAAACCUCGAUUCUUGUUCUUUGGGCGAUUCUUUUUCUCCGGGCGUUUACUUUCGUUCGAUGGCUCCUCCGUCGAUCACCGGAAAGUCUCCUCCGCUGAGUUUGAUCACCGGAAAGCCUUCACCUCUGAGUUUGAUCACCGAAAAGCCGGUGAUCGUUAGGGUUAAGCGGAAGGCCUUUCAAGCCAAACUCGAUGCCUUCUGGUUGGAGAUUGAUGAAAGGCCACAUAAAAAAGUAUUCUUGGGUCUUGGAAAUCUCUCCAUAUCUGAUUGCGGCACAGGAAAAGUUCUCAAUGAGCUUGCAAGUAAGAAGAUUUUGGUUCAGCAUCUUGAGACAGUUGGGCACUCCCAGUCUGUCAAAGAUGUGCUGCAUUCUUUUCUGCAACCUUCCAGAAAUACAAAAGAAUUUAAGGGGAGAUCUGACCGUAGAAGUUUGUAUAAACCUGAUAAGAAACAUGAUCAAUUACGGUCCAAGGCUAUAAAAGAGCAUGAGGAUCUCACUAGAAGUUCUCGAUUUGAACAAAUAUGGAAGAAAAGGGGAAGCAUAGAUGAAGAAGAAUACUCUUUGCAUGAAAAAUGUCAUUUGUAUGAUGUUGUUCGAGUUGAUGCUGAGGAUGAAACUCACCAAAGGGUGCCAAAGGCCAAAGAUGCUCCUGAGGUUGAUGGUGCAAUGUUGGAUAAGUAUUUACCACUUCUCAGGGAAUUCCUUCCACAAGCAGUUGAAGAGAUUGAACAUUACAAAGCAACUACAGAAGAUAACUUUGUUUACGACAUAUAUACCCAUGAAGUGGGUGUGGACACAGACACGGAUAACAUUGAUGAGUAUCCAUUAGUGCAAGUUUAUAUGGAGGACGACUAUGAUGAUGGUUUAUCACAAUCUGAUUAUGAAAGUGAUGAUUCAAAUGCUGAGAAUAAUCCAUGGAAUGAUUAUUGUGAUGAAAAGAUGUCAGAAGAUGAAGAUGAGAAUGAAAGUGCUUUCACUUACUUUGAAGAUUCUGACUCGAAUUAUGAACAAAAAGUUGCCAGUAAAGAGGAUGAUCUAGAUAACUGGAGAUGGGAUUAUCGUUAAAUUUGUCUAUUGAACAUUUGUUAAGUUGAAGCAAUCACUUCAGAAGCUGAAGAUGAGAAUGAAAAUCCUGUCAUUGAUUAUUAACGACAAGUUGCCAGUGAAGAGGAAAGGAAAAUCGAGAGUACUGGAGAUGGGAAUAUGUCAAUUCGUUUGUUGUGCAUGCAUCAAGUGGAGACAAACACUAGUAGUGAUUGUCUCAUUUUGAUGUAUAUUUUGUGGUGGUCGAUUUUUUUUAUAAACAGACAGCCAAAGUUGGCAUCUAUUAUUUGUUGUGUGUUUGGUGGUUAAUGUAACAGAACAAUGUCCUCGUGUAAAUAUUAAUUUUUGUGCAAAUUAAUUAGAAAUCUAAAAA